AUGAAAUCCGGUUUUGUUGAGGAUUGUAAUGAUUUACAUGGUGCUAGUGAAUGUGUCUUGUUUUUAUGUGUCUGUGUUCGAACUCCAGUGUCCUGCUACAUCAUUUAUCCUCCUGUCACCUCCUGGAGUAGCAAAAUGAAGUUUGACAGCGUUCUUACUGAAAUCAAUGGAUUUGGAAAAUUUCAGACAAAACUAGUUUUGAUUCAAAUAUUCUCACGAAUGACUUUACCAUGUCACUUUCUGCUUAAUAAUUUCAUGGCAGCUGUUCCUCCUCAUCACUGUAACGUCUCUUCUCUGGACGAUGGAGGCCUGUUUGAGAACUUAACCCUGGAGCAGAAACUGGCUGUUGGUGUUCCAGUACAAAAUGAUGGGACACCGCAGUCCUGUGUGAUGUAUUCAGAGCCACAAUACCAACAUCUAUCAGGCUUCAACAGCAGUGAGGACGCACUUACUGUCCAGUGCCAGAACGGAUGGGUGUAUGACCACAGCAAUUUUAAAACUACUUUGGCUACAGAGGUAAGAGUCUCCAGUGAAUAUUACAAUGAUGUUUCUUUGGACUUGUUUUAUGGAGAAAUUACAGACACUUGUGUAUUAUCAAAGAGAGUAUUCUGCAUUUCUUUUUAUCAGACAUUUUGAAACCAGUGAUUUGAAAAUUAAUAGUAAAAAAUUAAGAUUGUGCCUAACAGCCAAAUUUCAGCCUCUGACAGUUUAACUCCAAUGAUUUAAAGCUGUUGUUGGUUUCUUUGCAGUGGGAUCUGGUUUGUAGCAGAAAGGGGAUGAACAAGGCAACAGCCACCAUUUUUUUCAUUGGUGUGAUGAUAGGAGCCCCGUUAUUUGGGUUCCUCAGUGACAGGUAAGUUGUUGAUGAAAUAUUAUCCAUUUUAAGCGUCACUCUCAGUGACAAAUGUCAGAUAUCUUGUUCACUGCCAACUCUAUUGCACAUAAUUCCUUCAUAAAUGAUCAUCUCAGGCUUUAGUUGAGCAAAACUUUAGUAUAUUUAUUUAAAAAUAUACUUUUUUUAAAUUUACCACAAUAUUUAUUUACUUGGAUUUUUAUGUCCUGUUAAAUUCCUUUGUAGCUAUAUAAGUGUUGAGUUAAGUUAAGAUGAGAUGAACUUAAAUUAUCCCAAAAGGGAAAUUCAAUAUUUUACUUUGCAAUUAUUUUUCUUUAAAAGAAUUAUUUAACAAAACAAUCUGUCAUGUUCAGUCACCUUGGUUCUUAUCUGUUGGUAAUAUUCCGAAAAAAAAUUUUUUCAAAUGCAUAAAAUAAGAGAGCUGCUUUGUAUGGAUGCAAACCUGUGGCAUAAAUUUCAAUAGCUUUCAAUGCAAUGAAUGAGUCUAAGUAUUUUAUCUUUUGAUUGCUAGGUUUGGGCGGCGGCCGCUGUUGUUGGUCUCCUAUUUGUCAUCCAUGACGUUUGCUGUCCUGAGUGCAUUCUCCACAUCAUAUGUUAUGUUUGUCAUCAUGCGAUUUUUCACGGGGAUGGCACUUGCAGGAAUAAGCAUCAUUUCUAUCGUGUUAAGUAAGUAUUGCUCAAACAGUGCUAGCUGCUGGGAUGGAGACAACAAGUCUCUGUGUACAUUUAUGGAGGGUUCUUGAUCUGACCUUUCACCUGUGCUGAUAUUUCUCCAGAUGUUGAGUGGUUUGAUGUUAAACACAGGACCUUUUCUGGUAUCAUCAUUAGCUUGGAUUGGACUCUUGGAAACUGGCUCUUGACUGGAAUUGCGUACUUUGUGAAUGAGUGGCGGAUGCUCAUCCUUGCAGUCACCUCACCCCUGAUAGUGUCCAUCAUUGCCUGGAGGUUUUAAUAUAGUUAUAAAUAAAGUCAUUACAAAGGCCUAUUUUUUAUUUUGGGUAGCUUUAGAAGUGAGAUAAUCCUAAACCCUCCAUAUUUCUGGCUUCAGGUGGCUUCCAGAAUCGGCAAGGUGGCUUCUUGCCAACGGGAAAGCAGAAGCUGCUCAUCAGUACAUCAUGAAAUGUGCUGAAAUAAACAACAGAUCCAAGAGUAUGGCCGCUCUCACGCCGAAGGUACAAUUUAAUACUGUGUGAAUUUAAACCAAACAGUUAUGGAGAGGAAGAACUAUAGUCAUGUACAGAGGUGCUCUGAAUUUACUUUUUCUUCAUUCUGCUGUCCUGCUCUCUCAAAGGCGUUACUAGAUUCUGCACAGAUUGAAACCGUAGAUAAGAAGUACACUGUGGCAGAUCUGUUCAAGACCCCUAACAUUAGGAAGAUCUCUGUAUACGCUGGGAUUGUGUGGUAAGUAUCAAUGUUAUUUAAUGAUUUAACAACAUUGUUGGGCAUUUUAGGAAAUACACUUGUUUGUUCUUCUAAAACUGAGAUCAAUACCACUCUCAAGUGUCCUUAAGCUGAUCCCAAGAGGCAAUUACUCAUUAAUCCAGCUCAUUAUCAAUUUUUAAAAAGUUAGGAUAGCACCACUGAGACACAAAAUGUCAAUAAGUAAGCCUCAGAAGUACAUCUAUCUGGAUUUUAACCUUUGGACAGAUCCAGGUUGUGUUCCCUUGUUUCUGUUGUUUUUAUAACGCUUAGAUAAUUAUUGCUGCGUCUCAGCUCUCUAGUUGAUGGUAAUGUGUUUUUAUGUCAUCUCUAGUGGAUCUUUGCCAUGUCAUUUAAGUCAAAGCCUCACAUUAUCUGCUCUUAUGUUUGGAGCAUUCUCCUAUUCCAAAAAGUGUCUUUGCUCUGGGCAUUUACCAGGUAUGGAGUUGCGUUUACUUAUUAUGGGAUAAGUCUGAAUAUUUCUGGGUUUGGACUGAACCCCUACCUCACACAGUUGAUAUUUGCAUCAAUUGAAAUGCCAAUGAAGAUCGGUCUGUAUUUCUUCCUGGAAAACAUCGGUAGAAAGGCUGGGGAGGUGUCCGCCCUGCUGACGACUGGUCUCUGUCUAUUCAUCAACAUUUUGAUCCCAUCGGGUUAGUUUUAGUUUCAAUGAAAUCCAGUGAUUUGGUCGAAUUGCAUUCAGCUUUGUUUUCAUCGUAUUUUUAAAAAUUUUCAUUGUGACAUGCGAAUAUACUCCUUCAGGUCAGUGGAUUGCUCAUACUGUUGUUGGAGUCAUUGGAAAAGCAAUGUCAGAAGCUUCAUUCACAAUUAUCUUCCUCUACUCGACUGAACUCUUCCCUACAGUUGUGAGGUUAGUGUACAACAAGCUAAUUUUGACUACAAAUGUUGUGUCCAUGUUCCUCAACUGUAAUUUAACCUCUGCACAAUGACUUCACAGACAGAAUGCUCUAGGCUACACAUCGUUUUUGGCACGGCUGGGUGUCUCUGUUUCCCCGCUCAUCCUUCUUUUAGAGGACGUGUGGCAUCCCCUUCCGGCAGCCACGUACUGUGCUGUUGCAGUAGGCUCCGGUUUAGUGGCUUCACUCCUGCCUGAAACACUGAACACUCAGCUGCCACAGCACAUUGAAGACAUUGAGAAACCAAGGUAAAAAAAAGAAACCUGUCACAGCAGGAUUGGAUGUAACUCAUUAUAAAAGUUACAGUCAACGAUUGGCCUUGUUACUGCUAAAGAGUAAUCCAGUCAACCCUGCAAAGGCUUGUGGGAUACUCUCAAUCGGACGUUCUAAGAUAAGACGAGAAGAUAUCUUGAACAUUUUACCUAAGAUCUUGCUCAGAAAUGAACAUUUUUUAUCCAUAAGCUUGAGAUGAAAAUAAGAUAUUUUAAAUUCCUUUUUUAAACACAGCUACCCUUGUAUGAUGAAAUGAUCUGUUAUCUCUGUUACAGGGUGCGAUCAACAAGAAAGGACGAAGUUCAUUAA